AUGUCACAAGAAAUUUUUGAUUCAUUAGUAUCUGAUACUGAUAUAAAUACAAAUAUUUUUUUUCUAUUACAACACCUUUUCAAUGAAAGUUUGUUGUCAGAUUCAUUGAAUAAUACUCAAGGGCCACUUUGUGAAAAUGCAAAUAACAACUUCUCUUUAACACAAGCAAGUAAUUUUAAUAAUGCUUUAGAUAUUGCAAUUGAUUUCAAUAAUAUUAAACACCCUUCUGAUGAUAAUGCUAAGAAACUAUUGCAAGAAAUUUUAGAUCUAUUGAUAUUUACAAAUAAUGCUUUUUUCCUAUUUAAUGUUAAAUAUGUUAAUAAAGAUUCAGAAAAAAUUAAGAAUCAAAACAGUGAGUUAGAGUUAGAAAUUGGGUUUGGUGACAAAAGUGUCACUUUGGAAUUAGAAAGUGGACUUAUAUUCACCAAUUGGUUAGAGUUUAAAACCUGGAUUAACAACUUUGCUAAAAAGGAGGAAUUUGAUUAUAAGGUUCAGACAAGUCAGAUAGAUGAAGAA